GCGUGCGCGAGCGGCGGGGCUUUCUCCGGAGCCGUCGGAGGGAGCCGGAGCGCUUCUCCUGAGUUGGUGAUCAGUCAGUGGUGGUCCAACAUGCAGAAGUGAGUGAGUGGUGAAAAGCAGCAGAGCUGAUGGGUCAUGAGGAUGUAAGUGCGUUGGAAGGCUCUCACACCCUUUACUCCAGGACAGAAUCAUGAAUAAACUGGAGGACAAGCAGGACCAGAUGAUACCAUGAAGAGAAGUUUACAGGCCCUCUAUUGCCAACUAUUAAGCUUCCUCCUGAUCUUGGCACUGACCGAAGCACUGGUAUUUGCCACCCAGGAACCAUCUCCCAGAGAAUCUCUUCAGGUCCUCCCCUCAGGCACCACCCCAGACACCAUGGUGACAGCAACCCUCAGCUCUACCAGACAUUCUUCCAUGGCAACUGCCCCCACUUCUGUGGGCUCACUGACCCCCCAUCCCAAUGGAUCCUCCUCACAGGCUGCAGCUCCCAUGGCAAUGACAACACCCCAUCCAGAUGGACGCCCUCCUACAAACACCGUCUCCACCAUCAUGAUGACAGCAACCACCCCACAUUCUGAAGGCCCCCUAACCACAGGGCCCCUUCCUGCUGCCAUGGUAACCACAUCCUCCCACUCAGAGGGCCAUCCCCAGGGGGAAGCUAUGGCCACCAUCCUGCUGACAAAGCCAACGGGAGCCACCAGCCGUCCCAUCACAGCACCUACCCGGGCUACCACGCGCAGACCUCCCAGGCCCCCAGGCUCUUCCCGAAAGGGGACCAGCAGUUCAUCACGCUCUGUCCUGCCCGCACCUAGUGGCCACCACUCUGGGAGGAAGGAAGGCCAGCGGGGACGAAAUCAGAGCUCCACACAUCUGGGGCAGAAGCGGCCCCUGGGGAAAAUCUUUCAGAUCUACAAAGGCAACUUUACAGGGUCUAUAGAACCUGACCUGUCCACCCUCACUCCCAGGAACCCACUCUGGGGUUAUUCUUCCUUGCCACAACCCCAGACAGUGGCCACAACCAUGGCGCCCAGCAGGACCUCGUGGGCACCACCCACCACCCCCCUGGUGCCUGCAGAGGACAAGCCAGGCCUUAGCAGAGCAGACCAGGGGGGUGGUUCCACCUUCACCAGCCAAGGAGGGGAGCCGGACACCACAGUAGCCUCAGGUGCCCCUGCCAGUCCACAACCUGCCCCAGUGCCUUCUCAGCGCCCCCGCGGUGACCCACAGGAUGGCCCCAGCCACAGUGACUCCUGGCUUACUGUCACCCCCGGCAUCAACAGACCUCCAUCUACCAGCUCUGGGGUCUUCACAGCCACCGCGGGGCCCACCCAGGCUGCCUUCAAUGCCAGUGUCUCCGCCCCUUCCAAGGGGACCCCUCAGGGAACAUCUUCAACCUCGCAGGCCCCAGCCCUCCCCACCAGGGGCUCAGAAAGCACUGUUUCCCAAGCCAAGGAGGAGGCUACAACCACCCCCACCACAACCAACAGGGUGCCCAGUCCUUUCUCCACAGUGGUGUCCACAGCCACAGGAAACUUCCUCAACCGCCUAGUCCCUGCCGGGACCUGGAAGCCUGGAACAGCAGGGAAUAUAUCCCAUGUGGCCGAAGGGGACAAACCCCAGCACAGAGCCACCAUCUGCCUGAGCAAGAUGGACAUCGCCUGGGUGAUCCUGGCCAUCAGUGUACCCAUCUCCUCCUGCUCUGUCUUGCUGACAGUGUGCUGCCUGAGGAGGAAGAAAAAGACGGCCAAUCCAGAGAACAACCUGAGCUACUGGAACAAUGCCAUCACCAUGGACUACUUCAAUAAGCAUGCUGUGGAGUUACCAAGGGAGAUCCAGUCCCUUGAAACCUCUGAGGACCAGCUCUCGGAACCCCGAUCCCCAGCCAAUGGUGACUACAGAGACACUGGGAUGGUCCUCGUCAACCCCUUCUGCCAAGAAACACUGUUUGUGGGAAAUGAUCAAGUAUCGGAGAUCUAACCGCAGCAGCUCUCGCUUUGCUGUUCCCUACCUUUCGUCUCUAAAUUAUAAAUAUACAAAUAUAUAUUAUAAAUAUAAUCUUUGUGUAACCCUGACUUAAUAAGAAACAUUUUCAGCUUUUUUUUCCUAAGAAUUGUCAACAUCUUUUUUAUAAGUGUGGUUUAAAAAAAAAAAA